AUGGAGUCGGAGUCGGAGUCGGAGACGAAAACGAAGCUUCUGAAUCGCGAGCUGGCAUCCGGUUCCGUCUCUAUUUCGGUUGACCGUUGUCAGACAGCAAUCCUAGUCCAAAAAGCACGCGAUCGUCUUCAGGAGCGCUCCAUAAAAACGCACCCGCCGGCCUGCAGCUUCCUGCUCGCCGCGUUCGUGGCGCUUGCGGUACGUUGCAUGGCGACCAUGGCUCGCAUCCUGCUCGCCGCGUUCGUGGCGCUGCUUGUCGUCGUUAGCCCGUGCCACGAAAGACCAGCGCCGGCGCCGCAACAGGCAGCGAAAGAGAAGGUGGUGGCGGUGGACGGCAUCACUGCCAUCUACAACUUCGGCGACUCCCUGUCGGACACCGGGAACCUGCUCCGCGAAGGCGCCACGGGCAUGCUGCAGCACACCACGGGUCUUCCCUACGGGUCCGCCAUCGGCGGCGCCACCGGCCGAUGCUCCGACGGGUACCUCAUGAUAGAUUACCUCGCGAAGGAUCUCGGCUUGCCUCUGCUGAACCCGUACCUCGACGAUGGCGCCGACUUCUCGCACGGCGUCAACUUCGCCGUGGCCGGUGCCACGGCGCUCGACGCGGCGGCGCUCGCCAGGAGAGGGGUCGCCGUCCCUCACACCAACAGCUCUCUAGGCGUCCAGCUGCAGCGGUUCAAGGACUUCAUGAGCGCCAACACACAGUCCCCGGAGGAGAUCCGCGAGAAGCUGGCUCAUUCCUUGGUCAUGGUUGGGGAGAUCGGCGGCAACGACUACAACUACGCCUUCUCGGCGAACAAGCCGGUGGCCGGCGGCGCGCGCAACAUCUACAACUUCGGGCGCAUGGCGACCGGCGUGGCCGAGGCGAUGGCGCUCGUCCCGGACGUAGUGCGUUCCGUCACGAGCGCGGCCAGAGAGCUCCUCGACAUGGGCGCGACGCGGGUGGUGAUCCCGGGCAACUUCCCGCUCGGGUGCGUGCCGAGCUACAUGGCGGCGGUGAACGAGACGGACCCGGCAGCGUACGACGCCAACGGCUGCCUGGCGGCGCUGAACCUGUUCGCCCAGAUGCACAACGUGCUGCUGCAGCAGGGCAUCCGAGAGCUGCGCCGGUCCUACCCGUCGGCGACCAUCUCGUACGCCGACUACUUCUACGCGUACGUGCGGAUGCUGAGGGACGCCGGCAAGACGGGGUUCGACGAGGGGGCGCGGACCACGGCGUGCUGCGGCGCUGGCGGCGGCGCCUACAACUUCGACAUGGACCGGAUGUGCGGCGCGCCAGGCGCGUCGGUGUGCGCGAGGCCCGACGAGCGCAUUAGCUGGGACGGCGUGCACCUGACGCAGCGCGCCAACAGCGUCAUGAGCGACUUGCUCUACCACAAGGGAUUCGCGUCCCCAGCGCCGGUGGAAUUCCCGUGAAAACCGAACUUCAGCUUACAUGGAUGAAAUUCAACGGUAAUCUAAAGAGACUUACUGCUCGUGGUUAGGCAGAGGUGAAACACUGGACACGGUUGGACCGUUGGAGAAUCAAGUAACAAUGUAGUAGUAUAACAAUUAAUCAAUAUAUAAAGAAAAGGUUCCGUACAAAAAAAGAUUAUCACAUUCGCUGUUGUUCAUAUACAGCUCCAGGAAAAUUUGUUGUUACAAGUAUCGUAUCUGGAAAAUCCCUAUUGAA